ACUAGCGUUAGCAUUAGCUAACAUUCGUGCUACAAUCAACAUCAAUGUCUGCUUACCUUCGGUCAGGAAACACGAUAUCCAGUGCAGUUCUUCAAAAAAGGAAAGCUGUACUUUAUUCUGUUCUUGGUCGAAGGCAAGUAACGAUUACAAGACAGCGCAGCGCAGAGGGAUGGAUGCGUAAAUGGUGACAACCCAAACAGGAAUUUACUGUGCAGAUGCUGCUAUAUGAAGAGGAGUCCAACAAGCCUGAAAUCACAUAAAAAAGGUUUUUGCAACAACGCCAACUACAAAAAAGACGGAACUUAAGAAAACGGUGCAGUUUCCAGUGGGAACAAAAUAUCGUGGACACACAUUUGAGCACAUUAUUGACGGAUGCUGGAUUUGUUUUUAAAGGUUUACAUAUCAAGCACAAAGACAAACAACAGACGGAAGACCAGUCAUGUCUUUAACGGUGGAUUUCAGGACUCAAGUUGACCAGUCGUGCAGAUAUUCAGAGGAGUUCAUCAAUAUCUAUUACGAGUGCAUGGAUAAGAAAAGACGGAAUUUGAAGAGGCUGUAUCUGGACAAAGCAACGCUGGUGUGGAAUGGAAACGCAGUCACUGGUCAAGAAGCUCUCGGUGAAUUCUUCGAGUCUCUUCCAUCCAGUGAGUUUCAAGUGCAAACUCUUGACUGCCAGCCUGUACACGAACAAGCAACUCAAGGCCAGACAACAUUGUUAGUGGUUGCAGCGGGCUCUGUGAAGUUUGAGGGAAACAAACAGAGAUUCUUUAACCAGAAUUUCUUACUAACAGCUCAAGCCUCUCCAAACAGUGACCAGCCAGUAUGGAAAAUCGCAAGUGACUGUUUUCGGUUUCAAGACUGGGCAAACUGAGCUUCAGCUGGCUUUUUUUUUUUUUUUUUUGUAAACUACUUAUUAAAAUGUGUUCUGUAAAUAAUAAUAAUAAAAAAAGCAAUGUUUGUUGAACCAAAAAUAAAAUGCCACAUCAUUUGAGUA